AUGGCUCUUCGCAGAUAUGACUUGUCGUUCGAUAUGUGGGGAUAUUCGUUGAUCCUGGUUAAUGACAUUUGUACAGCAGCAAAUGGAGUCUACAUGAAACAGAAGCUCGAGGCUAAGGAACUUGGAAAGUAUGGUCUCUUAUACUACAGCGCACUGUUCACAGUACUUCCUGUCGCCAUACUGGCCCUCGUAAAUCAAGAGUUCGAUAAGGUGCAAGCGUACAUUUUUGAUGGGCAAAUGACCCUGGCAGUGGGUGUUUGCUUGGUGCUGUCAUUUGUCUGCGGCUUUUUGCUUAAUUAUUCGAUCGUUCUGUGUACACAUCAUAACAGUGCUUUAACAACUGCGUGUGUGGGUCCGAUCAAGAACUUAUUUGUGACGUACGUUGGAAUGAUUUCAUCGGGUGACUACACCUUCGAAUGGAUCAACUUUAUUGGUAUUAAUAUCAGUGUGCUUGGCAGUAUUCUGUAUACGUAUGCUGUAUUUCAAGCAAAAACGAUAAAAACUGCACCAAAAGAAACAGUAGAGACUAGAACUCCGUCGCUGUCCAUUGCAGACAGCGAUCAAAAGCCUUUGUUAUGA